AUGACUUCACAAGAUCAAGUAUCUCCACCAACUCUUGAACUUCCACUUGCCAUCGACUCAAAGCGCUACUCCGUUAUUAAAAGAAUCAGCACAGUCGGCAUUCCACGAUUAGGAUUUGGGGUUUAUCAAUCCCAUGGACAAAAGUGUAUCGAUGCUGUUCUUGCAGCAUUAAGAGCUGGGUAUCGACAUAUUGAUACGGCCCAAUACUAUGCAAACGAAAAAGAAGUCGGUAUCGCGAUCCAAGCAUUCAUCAAGGAAUCCGGCAUAAAGCGUUCUGAUAUAUUCAUCACCACCAAAAUCCUCUCACCAGGCGGGUCAGUCACGUUAUCCUUCGCAAAAUGUUUUAAUAGUAUUAAAGCUAUCGACGGUGACGAUGGAUAUGUCGACCUCUUCCUGAUCCACAGUCCAAAUAGUGGAUCUGAUUCUCGUAAGGAGAUGUAUGAUGCCCUCGAGAAGCUUUUUAUGCUGCGAAAAGUACGUAUGAUAGGUGUUUCCAACUGGGGCAUUGGACACCUUGAAGAGUUGAAGGGUUUUGCCAUAAUGUGGCCUCCUCAUGUUAAUCAGAUUGAGUUACACCCAUUUUGCCAACAGCGAGCAGUGGUGGAAUAUUGUGUCGCUAAUGGUAUUCAUGUUGAAGCCUACUGUCCCUUGGUCAGAAAUACGAGGAGUGAUGAUCCAACCCUUAAUUCUAUCGCCACCAUUCACAUGCAGACGGUGGCUCAAGUAUUGAUACGAUAUGCCUUGCAAAAGGAUUGGAUUCCUCUUCCCAAGAGCGAAACUCCCUCGAGAAUCGCCGAAAACGCAAACGUCUUCGAUUUCGUACUCAACGAGGAAGAAAUGCAGAAACUAGAUGGUUUGGAUGAAGGUGACAAGGGUGCCAUUGUCCAAGCCGUUACAAAUGAGUUGUGA